UUUGUUCCACAAUCAUUCUACGCCCAAAUCCAAAUGCCCAUCCUCUCAGAAUUAAAUAACAUUUAUCACCGACGCGGAAAUCGUUCCCUUUUAGAUCUCUACAUCCUCGUUUCUUUAACUCCAAUAAGAACUCUACUCGGACAAAAAAAAAAAAAAACUCUGCCCACUUGCCUACGCUGAAGUCAUCAUCCGACAAGAUACCCAGAUCGUCAAAAGGCAAUGGUGGUCGCCGUCCGUGCCACCCGAGGAAUUGGAGGUUCCACCGGAUUCAACGCUGGCCUCCGCAACUUCUUCUCUAAUCGGAUUUUGGUCUCCGCCAUGUUCACUCUUCUCUUCCUUGCUACUCUCUCUGUCCUCCUCACCACCACCCACCCGCCUUUCCCUCCUAACUACUCUCAGUCACUGCCGAGUAGCGGUAAUGAUUAUGUGCAGCAGACGUUUUUGGCAUUAAACUCUGAUCCGUUGCAAACCCGACUGGAUUUGAUAUACAAACAAGCUAGUGACCAUAUGACCCUUGUGAAUACUUAUGAAGCUUAUGCCAGAAAGCUUAAGUUUGACAUCUCUAGGCAAUUGAGAAUGUUUGAUGACUUAGCUAAGAAUUUCUCUGAACUCACAACCAAGCCCAAUUACAUUUCUUCAUUGUUUGAAUCGGAGGGUGCAGUGAAUGAGGAUGAUUUGAGGCAGUUUGAGAGGGAGGUGAAGGAAAGAGUGAAAAUUGCAAGGUUGAUGAUAGCGGAAUCGAAGGAGAGCUAUGAUAAUCAGAUCAAGAUUCAGAAGCUCAAGGAUACUAUCUUUGCUGUGAAUGAAUUGUUGAUCAAGGCCAGGAAGAAUGGGGCUUUUGCUAGUUUGAUUUCUGCAAAAUCGAUACCCAAGAGUUUGCAUUGCUUGGCAAUGAGGCUUGUGGGGGAAAGGAUUUCGCAUCCAGAGAAAUAUAGGGAAGAGGAGCCUAAGCUGGGGUUUGAGGAUCCAAGUCUCUAUCAUUAUGCCAUAUUUUCAGAUAAUGUGAUUGCAGUGUCAGUGGUGGUGAGGUCAGUGGUGAAGAAUGCAGAUGAACCAUGGAAACAUGUUUUUCAUAUUGUUACUGAUAGAAUGAACGUAGCAGCCAUGAAGGUGUGGUUUAGGAUGAGGCCUAUGGAGGGAGGUGCCCAUGUGGAGGUGAAGUCAGUGGAGGAUUUUAGUUUUUUGAAUUCUUCAUAUGCGCCAGUUUUGAGGCAACUUGAGAAUCUUAAAUUGCAGAAGUUUCAGAACAAGGCAGAGAAUGCUACAAGAGAUGCAAGUAGUAUAAAGUUCAGAAAUCCCAACAACCUGUCAAUGCUGAGUCAUCUUCGGUUUUAUCUGCCAGAGAUGUAUCCAAGGUUGCAUAAGAUCUUGUUUUUGGAUGAUGAUGUUGUGGUUCAAAAGGACUUGACAGGGUUGUGGAGGAUUGAUUUGAAUGGAAAGGUGAAUGGGGCUGUUGAGACCUGUUUUGGGUCAUUUCAUCGCUAUGCACAGUACUUAAAUUUCUCCCAUUCUUUAAUUAAGGAGCGGUUUAAUCCAAGAGCCUGUGCUUGGGCUUAUGGCAUGAAUGUAUUUGAUCUUGAUGCUUGGAGGCGUGAAAAAUGCACUGAAGAGUAUCAUUACUGGCAAAGCUUGGCUGAGGAUGGCAAUCUAUGGAAAUUGGGUACUCUUGCACCUGGCUUGAUCACCUUUUACUCAACAACAAAGUCAUUGGACAAAUCUUGGCAUGUGCUUGGUCUUGGGUACAAUCCAAGUAUCAGCAUGGAUGAGAUCAACAAUGCUGCAGUCAUUCAUUACAAUGGAAACAUGAAACCUUGGCUUGACAUCGCCAUGAAUCAAUACAAGAAUCUGUGGACUAAAUAUGUGGACAACGAUAUGGAGUUUGUUCAGAUGUGCAAUUUUGGCCUUUAGUCGAGUACCUCUGCUUUAUUGGCGUCGCACACAAUGAAGAGUUGCAAAUUUUCAUACUGGGUUACUCAUAUUCUUACCACAUUUUGGAUAUUGUCAUUAGUUGUAACUUUCAAAUUGUAUUAAACCAAAAUGAUUAUUUACAGGCAGAAAUGAUUCUUUUGACUGAAAAAAUUUCUACCCUUAAUGCAACCAGACAAA